AGGAAUUUGAUAUUGAAAUCAGGGACCGGAAAGGAUCUGCUAAUCAGGCAGCUGAUCACCUUUCAAGGUUAGAUGUCGAAUUAGCAGAAACCUUUGGAAGAUGCGAGGUGGAUGAACUUUUUCCUGCGGAGAGGUUAAUGGCAAUAUCCGCCAAUGAACAAACACCAUGGUAUGAUGACAUUCCCAAUUACCUUGUUGGUAACGUCGAGCCUACCGACCUAACAAGGCACAUGAAGAGGCGGUUCCUGUCAGAAGCAAGGCACUAUUUUUUUGGAUGAUCCAUAUCUAUUCCGUAUUUGUGCUGACCAGGUUGUGAGAAGAUGUGUUACUGAAGCUGAGGGAAGAGACAUACUGAAACAUUGUCACAACGGUCCUACUGGGGGCUACUUUUCAGGGAAUAGAACUGCCAGACGGGUUCUGGACUGUGAGUACUUCUGGCCCACGAUUUUUAAGGAUGCUAAUGUAUUUGUUUCCUCUUGUGAUAACUGUCAGCGAAUCGGGAACAUUUCUGGGCGCAAUGAGAUGCCCCAACACUUUUAUAUUACCUUGUGAGGUAUUUGAUGUUUGAGGCAUCGACUUUGUUGGACCUUUUCCCAGCUUAAGAGGGAACAAAUACAUUCUUGUGGCCAUUGAUUAUGUUUCUAAGUGGGUUGAAGCUCAGGCCUGCGUCACCAACGACUCUCGAGUAGUCGUGAAUUUUCUGAAAAAGUUGUUUACAAGGUUUGGUUUGCCUAGGGUUUUGAUCAGUGACAGAGGGACUCAUUUUCAUAAUGACCCAAUGGCCAGACUUUUGGCCAAAUAUGGAGUCCAACAUCGAAGCGGAGUAGCGUACCACCCCCAGACUCAGGGACAAGUUGAGAACGCUAACAGGGAUUUGAAGUCCAUUUUAGAGAAAACUGUUGCCCAGACUAGGAAAGACUGGUCAACUAAACUUGACGACGCACUUUGGGCAUUUCGGACCGCAUACAAAACCCCGAUCGGAACCACCCCAUUUCGCCUAGUAUACGGGAAGUCUUGCCACUUACCCGUUGAACUCGAACAUAAAGCACUUUGGGCGAUGAAAAAUGUGUGUUUCAAACUUGACGCUGCAGAGAAAGAACGAUUUUACCAGCUAAAUGAACUGAAAGAGUGGAGAGCGCAAGCUUUUCAUAAUUCCAAACUUUACAAAGAACGAGCCAAACUCUAUCAUGAUCAACACAUCAAGGCCCGUGGUUUCAAUGCUGGGGACAAGGUGCUACUGUUCAACUCUCGGUUAAAACUUUUUCCGGGAAAAUUGAAAUCAAGAGGGUCCGGACCGUUCACGAUCGUGAAAACUUACCCCUAUGGAACCAUCGAGAUCGAAGAUGCAAAUGGGGGUCCCUUUAAAGUCAAUGGCCACCAACUCAAACUUUACCACGGUGGCCCGGUCGAAAAAAGCAAGGAGAUUCUCUAUCUCCAGAAAUUUUGAACCAAAGAAGGAAAUUCGUCAAGCUAGUGACGUUAAAGAAGCGCUCAUUGGGAGGCAACCCAUUAAAAAAAACUAACCUUAAAAAAUUGUUAUUUUGAUUUUUGCAGAUGUCUAGAGGAGGAAGUGAGGAUCCCAUCUGUCAGGAUCCACCACUGGCUAGGCAUGACCCAUUGCAUGUGCCAGAUAUCCCAUUUGCUACUGAUGCUGACCGCACACGCUUCGAGACGUGGGGGCAGUACCACACUCUCCUAGCUCCCAUGAUCCUAGAUCAGAGGAUGCUCGAGGAAUGGGGAUAUUGGGGGGACAUUGAUGAUCUACUGGGAGAUUCCUUGUGGCGUGGGAUUCUAUCCAUACAGGAGAGAGCCAGCUUCCCAUUGACGAUGGAGUUCCUAUGCUCUCUACGCUUCACUCACUACAGCCACACUGUGCACGCAGGAUCUGUCAUUGGGUCUGCGACUCAGAUGAGAUUCACUAUCAUGGGCAUUGAGCACUCCAUCACUGUGGCUGAGCUCGGAUGGAGGAUUGGGCUCUAUGCUCCUGCAUAUACACAGUCAGACGAGUUUUGUGCUCUCCCGACGCGUUUACCUGAGACAUUUGACAUUGAUGAGUUCUCGCACAGGCACUCCACAGACACUAGACCGUUCCUCCGCAUGCACCCCCAGUCGAGCCGGUGGAGGCAGACUCACUGGUAUAUACUCUCGUUUGUACUCUAUUGUGGUUUUUUUGGACGACCUAACAACACGAACAGGUUGUCCAAAAAGGACAUACUAUUCUUUUGGAGUCUGGUUCACCGCACCCCGGUGAAUAUGGCAGUCCUUUUGGCUCGUUUCUUCAGGAGCCAGGGGAAGAGUGUUCGCCGCACGAUCCAGGUAGGGCCCUUCAUCACUACUCUCGUCCGGACUUUCUAUCCUGACCUAGACAUUCCAGGUCUACUCCCACUACAGGAUAGCAUUCGCAUUCUUAGAUCCUCAUCCUUUGGGAACAUGAGGAUCAAGAAGAAGCGAAAUACUCAAGAGCUUCCGGGCAUUGAGCAGUCGACCCAACAGAGUAGCUCUUCUCAAGCCCCACCACACAGGAGACCUGGUGAGCCAUCCUCGGACAUGGCUAGUGCUUCAGAUUGGAGUGCGAUGAUCGACGCGAUGAGGGGUCUUCAGACCUCAUUCGUAGAUUUUAGGGGUGCACAGGAGAGAGCAUUUCAGGAGAUGCGAGAGGCACGUGUGUCGGCCCUUGGAGAAUUCAGAGAUUAUAGACUGGCAUAGGAGGGAGCCAAGAGGGAUAUUCAGGAGUAGCUAAAGACCCAGCGACUGGAUAUUGAGGAGAUACGAGAGUGGCUGCGGCCUGAUCAUGGAUCACAGGAUGACACAGGCGAUGCCUAUAUUUGCUUCUUCCUUGACAUUCAUUUGUGUUUGUUUUUUUAUUCAGGAUUGGACAUUGCGUUGCUCUUUUGACUUGAAUGCUCUCACAAACUACCUAUGGAUGCUGUAAGAAUUUUUAAAACCAUUUUAAUCCUGUUUCAUUGUUCCUCUUCACAAAAUCUUUUCAAA